UGUAGUGUGUAUUUGUGUAAAGCUGUCAGACAAACUUCCUGACAACGUCAAUUUAAAAGAUUAUGGCAAAGGAGCAAAGUCCAUUGAGAAUUUUAUAAGUAUGUAAAUAUAUUGAGAGCUAUAAAGAGGAAGAGACAUAAAGAGAGAGGCAGAGAGAGACAGAACUGUUUUCUAGCACUAUAAUGACUGAUCUAGGAAUUGCUGGGACGUUGGUCCUUGUCACCUGCGUAACUUUCCUCCUUUAUCUGUUCUCAUCAUGGCUCAGAAGAAGAAAAGAUAAUCUUCCCCCAGGACCUAACCCACUGCCCCUGCUGGGAAACACUUUGCAGAUUAGUACCACGGAGUUUCCGCAAUCAUUGGUUAAGCUGGGGAAUACCUAUGGACCAAUCUACUCUCUGUAUCUGGGUAACAACCUUGCAGUGAUUCUGAUUGGAUACGAUGCGGUCAAGGAAGCCCUUGUUGACAACAGUGACUUGUUUAGUGACCGAGGGUUUAUCCAAAUAGCGUACUUGCUUUUCAAAGACUAUGGGAUUGCCAACAGCAACGGUGAGAGGUGGAAAACCAUUCGUCGAUUUUCUCUAACAACUUUGAGGAGUUUUGGGAUGGGAAAGAAAAGUAUUGAGGAGAAAAUACAGGAAGAGGGUCAAUGUCUUGUGACUGAAUUAAUGAAGCAAAAAGAUAUCCCAUUUGACCCAAAGUUCUUCAAUAUAACUGCUGUCUCCAAUGUCAUCUGUUCCAUUGUUUUUGGUGAGCGAUUUGAGUAUGAAGACAAAAAUUUUUUGGCUCUUCUGUCAUAUAUGAAGGAAAUCUCUAGAAUGAUGAACUCGACUAUUGGACAGCUUCUCCAUACCUUUCCAAAUAUUCUCCCACGUCUGCCAGGUCCACACCAGAAAUACUUUACUACUUUUAAAAAUUUGAAAAAAUUUGUCAUGGAUAUUGUAAAGUCUCACCAAGAAACCUUGGAUAAGAACUUCCCACGAGAUUUUAUUGAUUGUUUCCUCAUAAAGAUGGAAGAGGAAAAGAAUAAUCCAAACACAGAAUUUCACAGUGAUAAUUUAAGCGGAACAGUGUUGGAUCUGUUCUUUGCUGGGACAGAGACCACAAGUACGACUCUGACAUAUGGCCUUCUGAUUCUUCUCAAACACUCUGAGAUACAAGAGAAGAUCCACCAGGAGAUCGAUCAAGUUAUAGGCCAAGAUCGUUGUCCAUCAAUAGAGGACAGAAGUAAGAUGCCGUAUACGGACGCAGUGAUCCAUGAGAUUCAGAGAUUUGCAGAUAUCGUUCCUACUGGACUUCUUCAUACAACAAAUAAAGAUGUGACGUUCAGAGGAUACCUCAUUCCCAAGGACACCAUGAUCUUCCCACUACUGACCUCUGUCCUGAAAGAUCCUAAAUACUUUAAAAACCCUCAUCAGUUUGACCCAAGACAUUUUCUUGAUGAUAAAGGAUGUUUUAAGAAGAAUGAAGCUUUUAUGCCAUUUUCUGCAGGGAAGAGGAUUUGUGUUGGUGAAGGCCUUGCUCGUAUGGAACUUUUCCUGUUCUUCACUUCCAUCCUGCAGAAGUUUACCUUGAAGCCCACAGUAGAUAGGAAAGACAUUGAGAUAACUCCAGAACCAAAUAGCAAUGGAGCAAGACCUCGAGCUUACAAAAUGUAUGCUGUUCCUCGAAUUUAACAUGCUGGAGACUUCACAAACACAGACCGAUAUUGGUGUACAAACAAACACGUUUAUAACCUCUUACCUUAUGAGGUACUGUAUACACUAUAUAACAAUGUGGAUGAAUAAUCUUACAAUUCAUUUUUUGUAAAGAGGGCUGUAGAGCUUCUUCAACAAUUUGGUGAACAUUUUAAAGAUAUUUUUUCAACAUUUGAAAAUUUACCAAAUAAAAUGUGUCUUGUGAGAA